AAAAGAAAUGUCAAACAUAACAUUUUACACAUAAAUAAAAAUAAGUAAUAAUACAAAAUUUCAAAUUACGUAUUAUUUUUAAAAUGAAUAUUUAAAAAUUUUUGCUUGUAAAUUAUAUCGGUGAUAAUAUGAAGAAGACGGGUAUAUUAGUUAUAAAUGAAACAUCAUUUAUUAUUAAUGAUGGACUCACGUUUAUUGGAAGAGAUCCCGUUACUUGUUCAAUAAUUUUGGCUAAUGUUACAAUUUCAAAACAGCAUGCACUCGCAAUUAAAAUUAACGAUAAUUUCUACAUUUCGGAUUUACAAUCCACUAAUGGAACAAAAUUAGAAGAAGUAUCACUACAACCACGUUUUUGCUAUGAGAUAAUUGAUAAUGCAACGCUUACAUUCGGUGAUGUUAAGUGUAAAUUUAUUAUACAAGAAUACAAUGCUAUAUUUAAAACACCAACAGCAUUAUCGAAAAAAUCAGCCGCGUCAUCGAAAGUAUCUUUAAAUACAACGAAACUUCUAUCAACAAACAUUCAUGAAUUACCGACACAAUUAGAAGAUGGCUUCCAAGAUUGUACUCAACAAAUACUCGAUAAAUCUGUUGAAGAAACACAAAUUCUUGAAUCAUCGAUUAUUGAAACACCGAACAUAUCAAAAAUUCGAUCGAAUAUUUCGAGAACUAAAAAUAUUGAUGAUUUUAUAAUACCUGAAACUCAAUCAGAAAAUUUCUAUCAGGAAACACAAAAACAUUAUGAAAUUGAUGAAUCAAAUAAUUCGGAUCAAUUUGAGUUGUCUAAUCUUGAGAUUUCAGACACACAAAUGGCUGAAGUUCAUGAUUCUAUAAUUCAAUCACCAUCAAAACAUAAAAAUUUUAUUUCAAAACGGAAACAAAGUGACAAAAUUCAUAAUUUAGAAACACAAAAUAUUAAUGAGGCAGAAACUCAAUUAGAAUUCGAUUCACCAAAAGCAUCGAAUACACGUAAUUUACCGACACAAAAUUUAGCUUCCAGUGCGUCUUCGAAAACAUUAAACAUUUAUGAAAUGGAAACACAGCAAUUUGAGGAAACUUCACCUUCAAGUAAGAAACAUCUUCAUGAAGCUGAAACUCAAGUAGAUACACCACAGUUUAGAAAACCUCAACAAUAUUCUUCGGCUAAUAGAAAUAUUUAUGAAGCUGAAACUCAAGUGGAUAUUGAACAGUUUGAAGAACCUCAAAAACCCUCUUCGCCUGAUAGAAAUAUUUAUGAAGCUGAAACUCAAGUGGAUAUUGAACAGUUCGAAAAACCUCAAAAACCUUCUUCGCAUAAUAAAAAUAUUUAUGAAGCUGAAACUCAAGUGGAUACACAACAGUUUAAGAAACCUCAAAACCCCUCUUCGCCUAAUGUAACAUCCAGUAAAAAUUCUGAGACUCAAUUGUUAGAAGAUAGAAUAGAUCUGAAUAGUGGGGAACCUCAUGCUGAGAAUGAAAAUUUAAUUGAGACACAGUUUGAAUUCGAUGCCGAACCAAAUAUUGAAACACCGAAAUUAAAGCAAGUUGAAACAACCCACAUGGAAGAAAAAAGUGAGGAAAUAAGAGAUGUAAAACGAGUAAUUGGAAAAAAUCGGGCAAUAAAUUUCACGCAAGACAAUUCACAAAUAAUAGAAAGUCAAUCUGAGCCAGAAAUGCCCGGAAUGAAAAAACAUGUAAUCGGAAAUUCAAAACCUAUAAAUUUCACUGAAUCACCAACAGUUCAAAUUGAUCUCAAUGAGACACAAUUUGAUGAAUUUAAUAUACCUGAGAUACAAAAACAACCCAAAAAAUCCCUUAAUUCAAGCUCAUUUUUCUCUGAUUCCGAUUCAAGUUUGAAUAAUUCAGUUAAAAGUAAUAUUCGUAAUAUAAUAAAAAAUUUUGAAGCAGCUAGUAAGAAUACUUCGAAUACUUCAACCCCAAAUCGAAGCUCAGUAGAAGAUCGAUCAGGAAGUUUCGUAAGUCAUAAAAUCAAUAAAAGUGUUGAAACUAUAAUUACGGGUAUACCGAAUAAAGUUCCAAAUGAUGUCUUUGUUGAAAUUGAAUCAAACUCAGUCUCGAAUUGUUUAAAUGAUAACAUUUCGAAUACGUCUGUUCAACAUAAAGCUUUUUAUAAAACGAAAACAGUCAACAAAGUUGUAGAAGAAAUAAAAGAUAACGAAAUAUCUUUAACGGAUACACCAAAAUCUACUCCAAGUACAUCCAAAACUGUGGAAAACUUUGAUACUAUCAAGAAACCAAAUUUAGAUAUUGAUAAUAUGUUGGAUGAUUCAACACAACUCAUGGAUUCAGAAAAUUGCAAUGAAAAUGGGAAAGAUAUCGAUAACUUUGCUGAUUCGACACAAAACAUUCAUGUAGAAAAUGAUGCGGAAGAUUUACCAACUCCAAUUAAUAAGCAACCUCCAUUUUUAACUUUCAAGACACCAACUUCAGUUCGACGUGGAACGAGUACUUUUGCAGAAAAUGAUAGUAUAUUCGAUCAAUCUACAAUAAUUUUAACUAACGAACAAAUUGAUUCUCCUAGCUCGAAUUUUAUCACACCUAAAAUAAAUGUAUUAAAAAAAUUACGCGAUUCAACAUUUUCUACUCCUUUGCCAGUUAGAACAAAUCAGAAAAAUGUUUCAAGUGAUACUUCCUCGAGUGACGUUGAAAUAUAUGAUAUGGCUACUCAAGUUAUGGAAAAACCUUCGAUUGAAGAGAAACAACCUAGUGAACAAACUGAUUCAGAUUUAUUCGAUAUGCCAACACAAGUAAUGACAAACAAAUCAGUUAACAAAAUAGAUCGUGAAUCCGAAAAACCGGAAUCAAAUUAUAUUUUCGAUAUUCCAACACAGGCUAUGGAAACUGUUACAAAUAAUUCACCAAAUAAGAAGACAUCUCAGCCAAGUGUUUCUAAAUCGUCUAACACCGUUGAAACUGAUGAUAUUUUCGAUAUUCCAACACAGGCUUUGGAAACAGGUACAAAUAUUUCACCAAAUAAACAAGCCAAGAAAACAUCUCAGCCUGGUGUUUCUAAAUCGUCUAAAACCGUUGAUACUGAUGAUAUUUUCGAUAUUCCAACACAGGCUUUGGAAACAGGUACAAAUAUUUCACCAAAUAAACAAGCCAAGAAAACAUCUCAGCCUGGUGUUUCUAAAUCGUCUAAAACCGUUGAUACUGAUGAUAUUUUCGAUAUUCCAACACAGGCUUUGGAAACAGGUACAAAUAUUUCACCAAAUAAACAAGCCAAGAAAACAUCACAGCCAGGUGUUUCUAAAUCGUCUAACACCGUUGAAACCAAUGAUAUUUUUGAUAUUCCAACGCCGGCUUUGAAAACCGGUAUAAAUAUCUCAUCAAAUAAACAAGCCAAAAAAACGUCUCAGCCAGGAGUUUCUAAAGCAUCUAAUACCGUUGAAACCAAUGAUAUUUUUGAUGUUCCAACACAAGCUUUUGAAACCGUUAAAAAGAAUUCACCAAAAGCAUUUGAUACCAACAUAAGUCAGUUAUCAGAAAAAUUAUUGCAUGAUGAAGAUUUAGAAAAUAUUUUAAAUAAUGAUCCAAAAACUCCUGAAAUGUGUAAUGUAGCAGCAAGUUCGAGUACAGACGAUUUAUCAAUUAAUACAAAACCGGCGAAACGGCGUACACGUAAACCUUCUGAAAGUUCAACCAGAAAAAUGACACGAAAAACAAUAAAUCGUGGAAACCCGAAACAGGCGCAUCGUAGUAGUAGUAGUAAUCAAAGUACAUCUGCUAAAGAUUCUGAUCGUGAAACUGCAAUGGUUAAUCAAUCUCCAAACGCGGAUGGUAGUCAUGAAACAGGCAAAAAAAAUAUCGAUAAAUCAUCUAACACAGCCGACGAAGGUAAAAAACGCAAUCUUCGUGGUAGUAGUAAUCAAAGUACGUCAGCUAAAGAUUCUGAUCGAAGUCCCGACAAAAGAAAGUCAGGAAAAAAAUCAAAACAGAACAAGCCAAAAGAUGGUCCAGAACAUGAAACAUCAAAAGAUUCUGAUAACGAUAACAAAGUGUUAGAACGAUUGGAAAUGGUUGUAACGACUACAAAAGAGGUAAUUAAUACAAAAAUUAACGGUAAAAAUCAAUCUGAUCGAGCUGACGUAGGUCAAACGUCGUCAAAUCGACCAACACUUAUUAAAUUAACACGUAAAACAACUAAUCAACAAGCAACGGAGAGUACAAAUGAUCCAACUGUUGAAGUCAGUUCAACUAGACCAGUUCGAAAAUCUAAAAUACCAUUAAAGUUCAGAAUGGAUUCACAAUCUGAAGAAAGUUGUAUAGAGAGAUCUUCUAGAAAACGAGGCCAUCCGGUAGUCCCUGAACAAUCGUCUUCAGAAAGUAUUGAUAGUGCCAUAUCAUCAAAAAUACAAAAAUUGGGAACGAAUUGCAAACCAACGAGGAGUAAGUUCCAGGUUAUGUUUACCAUAUUUCGUGAUGCAGAACAAGAACAAACCGUUAAAAAAUUAGGGGGUAAACUAGUCGAGAAAUCUAAGGAUGCUAAUGUUUUAGUGACCAAUCAAAUAAAACGAUCGGUGAAACUAUUAAACGCAAUAUCUCAAGGCAUACCAAUCGUUUCGCCUCGAUGGCUUGAUGUUUGUAAACAUGCAAAGAAUUUUGUUGAUCCUUGGGAUUAUCUUUUAGAUGAUUUAGAAGCAGAAAAAAGAUUUAAGUUUCGUUUAAAAGAUUCUUUAAAUAUUGCCAAAGAAAAUGGUUUGCUUUUCCAAGGAUAUACGGCUUUACUCACAAAAUCUAUUCCAACGGAUUUGAAAGAUAUUCUUGAAAACGCUGGCGCUAAAUGUAUCAGUUCUUGGCCAAAAAAUGCAACGGAUAAACAUAUUAUUGUAUCAUCUAUGGAAGAUAAAUCUCAGUGGCCAAAGCAAUCAAAAGUGAUAAUUGUGGCAGCAGAAGCAAUAUUUUCUGCAGUAAUAAAUAAAGCAACACCAAAAAUAGUACAAGAUAUUUCUAUUUUUGAUAAACAAGAUGAUGAUAACAAAACUGAUAAAGAUAUCAUAAAGGAGGAAAUAAAAAAAUUAUUUGGUGAAGGAGCAGAUUCAUCUGAUGACGAAGAUGCGAGAAAUCAUUCGAGCACAUACAAUAGUUUUGGAAAAGAAAUUAAAAAACUUUUAAAAACUUCAACGAGUUCUACACCAUCAUUUUCUGGCGAAAAUAAACGUAAAGAGCUAACAUGGAAAUCCUUACCACCCGGUGGCGAAACUUUAAGUGCAACUUACGAUCCGGUAUUUGGCUUACGUAUUAGUAAUCCAGUAAUAUCAUCGACGUUACUUCGAGAACGAAUGGCGGACAAACAAAUUGUGGAGAUGCGAAAUAUACAAGCAUUUAUACAAUUAGAUACAGUGAAAAACAGUGACUGGGUUAUAGCUGGAGUUAUUGUUCAUAAAAGUGAUCCAAGAGUGUCUCAAAAAGGAAGUAAAUAUUCAGUUUGGUCCGUGAGUGAUUUAAAGGAUGAUUUAAAAACUGUGAGUGUAUUUUUAUUUAAAAACGCUCAUAAUCAACUUUGGAAAUUGGCAGUUGGCACAGUUAUUGCGAUUUUAAAUGCAGAUGUUCUUGAACGUCGUAACGGGAGUAAAGAUGAAGCGAGUUUAUCACUGAAUAAUGCCGAUCGAGUUAUGAUUUUAGGACAAUCAAAAGAUUUAGGAUUUUGUAAAAGUAAAAAAAAGAAUGGUGAUAUUUGUAACGCAUUUGUAAAUUUACGCGCAUGUGCAUUUUGUAUUUAUCAUAUGAAACAGGAGUAUAAUAAAUUUUCCCGUCGUUCCGAAUUACAAAGUUCAACAACCGGGGGUCGUGGUUUACUCGCUUUACGUAAUAAAGUACUGGGUAAAAAUGAAGUAUUCUACGCUGGUAAAUCGUAUAUGGCAAUUCCAGCGAAAAAAAAUCAUAAACAAAUUGCAAAAGAUGAAGAACGUUUAAAGGCAUUAGAAAAAAAAUCACUUAUUUUGAAAAAUUCACCGCCUAAUAAUUAUAAAAUUAAUAAAAAUGCCGCUCAUGUUGAAAUUUCAAAUCGUCAACGAGCUAAAGAUUUAGAACGAUUACGUUCCUUGGGUGUUCCAAUCGAACCAAUCAAAGAAAAAUUACAAGAAUCACCGAAUAUUAGUUUAAACGAAGCACGUGAAAAUGCACGUAAAGUUUUAUCAAAACUAAAUCCAAAUUUGUCGACCAAAAUUGAUACAAAUCCAAAUAAAAACGAAAAAAUGGAUUCUACUUUAUCGCCCAAAAUUGAUUCAAACAAAUACAAACCUAUAAGUUUAGAAAAUAAACAAAUUAAUUCGACUAUAUCGUUAAAUAACAGUCCCAAAAUUGACUCAAAAAGUUAUAAACCAAUCAGUUUUGAGAAAAUUGAUUCAACUGUAUCACCCAAAAUCGAUCAAAAAAACUACAAACCAAUUAACUUUGAGAAUUCAAAAAUUGAUUCAAUUGUAUCCCCCAAAAUUCAUCCAAGUAAUUACAAACCUAUUACUCUUGAAAAUAAACAGAUUUCAUGUGCAAAAAUCGAAUCAAAUAGUCUUGAAAGUAAAUCAAAAACUUUAAAUGUAUCAAGAUUAGCAAAGAUUCGUGUUAAUACCGAAUCAAACACUUCGUCAGAUGUAAAACAUGAUACUGUUUCAAAACCUUCCGAUUUGAUGAAACCAAAAGAACCUUCAUCUAAACCAAAGUUAAUUACAUCGUCUCCGAGUUCAGAAACGAUUAAUACAUCUAGAUUAGCUAAAAUUCGUGUUAAUACCGAAUCAAAAAGUUUAACCGAUGUAAAACAGGAAACUAUUCUAAAACCCUCUGAUAUAUUAAAACCAAAAGAAAUUAUACCAAAGUCAAAAUUAAAUACAUCGUCUCCGUGUGCCGAUACAAAAAAAUCGACUCCAAAGACUCCAAUUUAUCAUAAACCAUCAGAAAUAAUGCAAAUAUGCAAAACAAACACCUUAGUUGAUAAGCCAAUUCUACAGAAAACUUCAAACGGUUCCAUAAAUUUAUUAGAUACGAAAUCUACGAUUCCAAAUAAAUUAUUGUUUAAUAGAUCACGAAUUAAUGCGUUAAAAUACAUUGCACAAAAUGGACCAAUCGAAAAAGUAGAUCCAAUGAAUUUAAAAGGUACGAAAUCAAAGAAAAGAAUCCUUGAACAAAUUGAAAGUCCUGAAACAAAAAAAUCAAAAGUUGAGGAAUUAUCCAUAAAAAGUGAACGCUUUAAACAAAUAAUGGAAGCGAAAAGUAUUAAUCAACACUUAAUCGAAGAAGCCGAUUCACAAGCACAAGAUGAAUACUUUAAUAAGCUCGAAGUUAAAGAACGGAUUGAAGAGAAAAUGGCGAAUACAUUUAAAGUACCAUGCAAAGCUGUACAAUGUAUUCAAUGUAAAUAUACGGCAUUUAGUGCAUCGGAAAUGUGUAAAAGUGAACAACAUCCGUUGAGAGUAAUCGAUACUAUGAAACGUUUCUUUCAAUGUCACGAUUGUUCGAAUCGAACUGUUACCUUAGAAAUUAUACCAUUGAUCUCAUGUACAAAAUGUGGUAAAUCCAAUUGGAAAAAAUCGUCUAUGUUACGUGAGAAAAUUGUUCAACAUGGUGAAAAAUUAUCAUUACGUGGUGAUGAGGAACAAUUUAUUGGUGCAAAUGUUGCAAAUGCCAAUGUUAAUUUAUUAGUACCAGAAUAAUAUUUUAGUAAACGAAGUA